AUGUGGGCGGGGCCAGUCACUCGGGUGAGCGCAGCGAGGAAACGACGGAGCUGUCAAACACCAACAAUCGUCUGAAAUAUUACCGCAGGCGGCACGAAAACAUCGUACUUUGCUCGCUUGUGGAAACCAGAGCGACUGAAACAGACUCCGAGUCCACUUCAAAUUCAUCCUUUUUGACUUUUAAACCGUCGCAGCGACCAAAAACAACCCCCCCCUCCAUCUGUUUGGUGGAUCUUAGCUCUUUUGCUUGGCUCGAGUUUUGUUGACAAACUAGCACACUCCGCUAGUCACUGAGCUAGCUGCGUUACCGACCUCGCUGCUGUCGUUUUGGGGGAUCAGUGCUACCCGGGAAAAGACAUGAGACCCCGGCUCGAACUGUGCCUGCAGACAUCUCUGUGAAAAUACACAAACUGGGGCUGGGAAGAUCGCCCUGAAUGAAGAUUUUCUUCAGAAUAAAACAGGUCUCCAAGAGCUCGGUGACUGUACAUCUGUCCAACAUGUGAAAACCGUCUCCUCCUGGUGGAUUCUCCAGCUGUAAGCCGUGAAGAACUGGAUUAGUAGGAAACAUCUUGGAUCUAGCCAGGGUGUGUCAUCAGGGGCGCCCGAAACACAAAUUUUUAAAACCGAAGUCUAUGUGUGUGACGUGUUUUCUCCCAGGACACAAACUGAGUAAAUUCCGCGUCGCUGUGAACCUAUUAAAACAAUCUAGUCCUCUUGUCAUGUGGGUACAUUGCAGAAUAAGUCCCAUAUUACCCUCACUGGUAUCACGAUAUUUCACAUCACCAUGGACCGGAAUAAACGCAACUCCAUUGCUGGGUUACCUACACGACCAGAGCGUAGCAACGAGGACAGAGACGGUAUUGGAGGGGUAGGGGUCGGCGAGAUGGGCAUGGGCCCGCCUUCACAGGUGGGCAGGGUGUGGCCAUCAUCCUACAGAGCCCUCAUCAGUGCCUUCUCCUGUCUUACACGCCUUGAUGACUUCACCUGUGAGUGGAUUGGCUCUGGAUUCUUCUCUGACGUCUUCAAGGUACGGCAUCGAGCUUCAGACCAAGUUAUGGCUCUGAAGAUGAACAAGCUCAGCAGCAACAGAGCUAACAUGUUGAGAGAGGUCCAACUGAUGAACCGGCUUUCCCAUCCAAGCAUACUCAGGUUCAAGGGAGUGUGUGUCCAUGAGGGCCAGCUUCACGCACUGACAGAGUACAUCAAUGGUGGAAACCUAGAGCAGCUCCUGGACAGCAACAAACACCUGAGCUGGCCCACAAGGGUGAAACUGGCCUGUGAGAUCGCCAGUGGUCUGGCCUACUUGCACUCCAAAGGCAUAUUCCACCGGGACCUCACCUCCAAGAACUGCCUGAUCAAAUGUGACGAGAACAGCUACUCAGCAGUGGUGGGAGACUUUGGCCUGGCAGAAAAAAUCCCCACCAAUGCUGCUGAACGAGAGAAGCUUUCAGUCGUCGGUUCUCCUUUCUGGAUGGCUCCAGAGGUGCUGAGGGAUGAACUCUACAAUGAGAAGGCCGACGUAUUCUCCUAUGGUAUAAUCCUGUGUGAGAUCAUUGCAAGGGUCCAGGCUGACCCUGACUUCCUUCCCCGCACAGAGAACUUCGGCCUUGACUAUCACACGUUCCAGCACAUGGUUGGAGACUGUCCGCCUGACUUCCUCCAGCUGGCUUUCAACUGCUGCAACAUGGACCCUAAACUCCGUCCAUCCUUCCCAGACAUCGUCAGGAACCUCGAGGAGAUUCUCGCACGCCUUAAAGUUGAAGAGAUGCAGCACGAGUGUGUACCACUCAGUGGGGACAAUGACAAGAAGAGCAUACCCAAAGGUGAGAAGAUCCAGGGCUUCAAGCGACUGAACCCUCUCGGCUUCCAGGAUGAUAAAAUCCCUCCGAAAUCACCCCGCCCCCGUCGAAACAUCUGGCUCAGCCGCAGCCAGUCGGACAUCUUCUCCUGCAAACCAGGAAGAAAAGUCAACGUCCAGGACCCUUACUAUAACCCCCCCAUCGCUCAGCGAGCCUCUAAAGUCCGCAAGGUCAACCCGUUCACCGCCCGAGAGGACCUGUGCGGGGGCAAAAUCAAGUUUUACGAUGUGCCCAGCAAGUCCGUCUUCUCGCUGAUGUUUGACCUCCACUCGCCUCCAGGGAGUGCGUUCAGUAACCAGCCGUCCGCUCAGGGACCUGGAGGACCCCUACAGGAGGCUUACUACUGGCAACAGCUGCCAGGAAGACAGUGUCACUCCUUACCGGUGUCCCCCCAACUGCCCCGCUCCGAGAUCUUCAACCUCGCUGCUGCUAUUAGCUCCAAUAACGGUUCUGUUACCUGUAACUCCAGCCAGCUCUCCACAACGCUGCCAGCAGCUAACUCUAGGUCUGACGCAGGCCUGAUGGGAAAUGACGUCCGGCAGAAGGCAGCGCUGGGCGGCUGGGCGAAGAAAUUCGUCUUGGUUGAGAUCCCACCUUACUGCAGGCAGAGAGGAGGGGAGGAGGAUGGAGAGGUAGACGGGAGGAAGGAGGGCAACGAGGAGGAUGAGUUUGGGGAGAGCUGGUCUCCGAUGGUCCCCAGCAGCGAGAGAGACAGUGGAGAGGCCAUGGACUGCUCCAGCAGCCUGGAGGAGGAGGCUGAACGACAGAGAGGGACAGACACCUGCCCCAUGUAACACACAUGUAAAUCCACACACACACAAACAUGGAGGAUUGUGGAUUUGGACAGUAAAAGGGGUCUGUUACCCCUGGAUUGUGCACAUGGAGGCGGCCGGGAACUCGUUUUUAAAAGUAGACUGACAGACUGGACACAUUUCAAACAAUUUUGAAAGAAUAAAACAUAAAAAAAAAAAAAAAAAAAAAGAAAAAGAAAAGAAAAAUCACUUGAUUUUUAUCUUUCAGGUGAAUGUAUCACAUGUUGAUUAAUAAAUCAAGCACACCCCAUGUUAAGAAAUAACUGUCUUUCAAAAAUAUUAUCACCCAGGUGUGACAGGACAAGUCUCCAUUUAGCACACACAAAAAAAGCUUUUAUCAACACAAUGGACACUCUGCAUAGAGAUUAUUUUUUUGAAAAGGUUGUUUAUAUUUAAUAUUGUAAGAUGAUGUAGAUUAUUUUUUCCCUUUUAAAGGUUUCUCAUAUUAGACGAGGAGUAUUGACGAUCCGUUGUGUUGUGUAUGUGUGAGUGUUUAAAAAUCAGCUUGUGUUUUGAUACUUUUCCCUGUGUUCUUUGUUAGAAAAAUGUUUAUACUAAAUCACAAAAAAAUCCCAUAUUUUUCUGAUCCAGACACUGAUAUUCAGAUGAGAAUUGACUGAUUUAUAACGGAGUGCCUGAACCAGACUGCAGUGGUAAAAUAUUUCACACCAACAACUCCAACUAAUUCACAGGGAAACUCUGCCUGGCAACAGCAAUAGUGAAUUAUAGAGAGGAGAUGGUUGUAGUUCACGGUCUUUCUCUUUUAUAUUCAAUCUAAGUAAUAGCACAGCAGUUUGGUAGCUACUUCAUAAUAUAGCCACCACUCAACAGUCAAAGCAGAGCAUUCAUAGGCAGUGUUGUCCAGAACACAGACUGUAGGCAGACAUGUUGUGAAAAAGGACCUUUUUUUUGCAUUUAAACGUUGCUGCUCGAAAGCCAACCUUCAAAUCUCAGAUGUAGGAGUUUACUUGAAAAUAGUCGAGUCAUUUUGUUGAUUUUGCUCCCGUUAAGUGCACACACCUAAAGUCAUGAUGACAUUUGUCGGGGUCUGAACCAAACGAACAUUUUCUUAUGUUUUCUGUACGUUUUCUUAUAUCUGGAGGAGAUUUAUAGGCCGGGGAAUCUCUGCAGCACUACAGUACUUCAUUAAAAUGCUGUCUUGACACAUUUUACCUUUACCAAAAGAUUGCAGCUUCUGCGAUCUGAUUAUUGCACUUGCCAUAUUGUAGUUGUGAUACUAUUUUGAUUAACUGUGCAGCCCUACAUUAAAGCAACUCACUGCAGAAAUGAAACUUGUGCUGUUCUGCUUGUUCUGUCGCUUUAAAGUCAAAACUGAAAUAAAUACAAACAACGGGAUCCCUGAAGAUUGAAAAUCAGUCUUGAUGAGCUGUAAUGUAAAUUAUACAUGAACUAUAUACAACAAAAGAUAAUUCACUGUCAAAAUACUGCACAUCCAGUAUGUCCUGAAACAGUGUUAUGAAACGUAGAGAUUUUCUUCCAGAAAGUUGCUAUGAGCUCAUUGUUUCAGUAUGAUGCUGGCGCUGAGAUGAGGAGAGGCUUUCCUGGUGUGACUACGCAGUGCCGUGCAUGCUGUCUGCUACCCUCAUUUUGUACUGUCCCAUAAGGGGAAGAGGAAGUUUAGCAAUGUUUUAUGUAAAAUUUAAAAAAAGGUAAAACAUACUCAGACAAAAACUAAACUUAAUUCCAUUUCAGACCCUCCAUCCUAGCGUCUUAAAGGAGAAAUAAACUGAGGAACUUAAGUUAAAACGCAAAAGAGACUUCAGUUAAUGGAAGGACUCAGACACAGCUUCGGUUGGACGAACAACCUUUUGAUUUGAGGUCUUUCAGUUUUUUUUCCAUUCGGAUGUGCCUGAUGUUUGGAAAAAAAACCAUCAAAAUAUCUAAAAAAUACUUUUUCUAUUACAAAUUAUUAUUUAGUAAAUGUACUUGGACUUUGGAGUAAAUUGUUCCUUCAGUUUUCUUUAAAAGAUGGUACAACUUAAGUUCAAGUGGUCAGAUUAUGCUUUAAAUUCAAAGUAUGCUGUUUUUAAUUGGAGCACACUUCCUGUGAAUUGAGAUUUCCAAUCUGAGGCUGAAUGUCUCGGACACGCUCCCUCAUGCGGCUGCCACUAACAUUUGGUUCAAUUUGUCUCAUCAAACUAAAGGUCUCAUGACAUUUUCUACUUUUAUUAGCACACUUCAUAGAUGUGGGUAUUAUUGAGUCUCAUUGGGAAGGUUUGUUUCACAUCCAAAUCGUUUUCAGUGUUAGUCUGAAUGACUGUUAUAAGAUCAGAUUUAUAUUUGUUUCUCUGCUCCAGUACUUCAUUGUGAUGUUCUCAGUCCGAUCACUUCAAUAGGAACUAAAAUGCACUUGUACAGCGAUAUAUACAGUGAUCUCCUCUGAACUUCUUUUCACUACUUGUCUAUGCAACCAAUGUAACUUUUAUGACAGUGUUUUACAGUAUAAAGGAUCUAAUUUGAUAUUUAUGGGAAAACAUUUUUAAUGUCUUACAUUUGUAUAUUUGUGUAAAAUGUUUGUGCUACCUGCCCUGAUGAAUACAGACUGAGAUGUUGUUGCUGAUCGAA